AUGCCUUCACAUCCCAAUCCUGAUGAGCUGAUUUUUUUUGUGAAUGGAAGAAAGGUCGUAGAGAAGAAUGCUGAUCCUGAAGUAAACCUGCUGUUCUACCUGAGGAAAGUCCUCCACCUUACAGGCACGAAGUAUGGCUGUGGCGGAAGAGGCUGUGGCUCCUGCACCGUCAUGGUGUCUAGAUAUGACCUCAAGACCAAGAAGAUCCGUCAUUAUCCAGUUAUAGCCUGCCUGGUGCCCGUCUGCUCUCUGUAUGGGGCCGCUGUCACCACAGUAGAAGGUAUAGGAAGCCUGAAAACCAGGGUCCACCCCGUGCAGGAAAGACUUGCCAAGUGCCACGGCACACAGUGUGGCUUCUGCAGCCCAGGGAUGGCAAUGUCCAUCUACACGUUGCUGAGGAACCACCCAGAGCCAACCCCCGAGCAAAUAAUGGAAGCUCUUGGAGGUAAUUUGUGUCGCUGUACUGGAUACCGGCCAAUUGUAGAAAGUGGAAACACUUUCUCUGUGGAAUCAACUGUUUGUCAAAUGAAAGGACCAGGAAAAUGUUGCAUGGAUCAAGAAGAAAUGCCUUCUGUGACUAGACAGGAAAAGAUAUGUACCAAAUUAUACAAUAGAGACGAAUUCCAGCCCUUGGAUCCAUCGCAGGAACCCAUAUUCCCUCCCGAACUGAUAAGAAUGGCAGAAGAUCCAAGCAAGAAAAGGCUGACGUUCCAAGGGGAGAGGACUGCCUGGAUUACCGCUGUGACUCUCAAAGACCUUCUGGAGCUGAAAGCUAACUACCCCAAAGCCCCCCUUGUCAUGGGGAACACUACAGUGGGACCCACCACUAUAUUUGGGGAUGAAUUCCAUCCGGUUUUCAUAUCUCCACUUGGGCUUCCAGAGCUCUAUUUUGUGGACAGCACAGAUAAUGGGGUGACAAUAGGUGCAGGCUACACCCUCGCCCAGUUGAAUGAUGCCUUGCAUUUUAUUGUUUCGGAGCAACCGAAGGAGAAGACUAAGACCUACUGUGCCCUCCUGAAGCAUCUGAGGACACUUGCCGGAGCCCAAAUUAGAAAUAUGGCGACUCUAGGAGGACAUGUGGUGAGCCGGCCAAAUUUUUCUGACCUAAAUCCAAUUUUAGCAGCAGGAAACGCUAUCAUCAAUCUGAUAUCUAAAGAAGGAGAACGGCAGAUUCCUUUAGAUGGCCAUUUCCUCGAGAGAUCACCUGAAGCCAACCUUAAAUCGGAAGAGAUUGUGUCAUCUGUUUAUAUUCCCCACUCCACUCAGUGGCACUUUGUGUCAGGACUGCGGCUGGCCCAACGUCAAGAGAAUUCCUAUGCCAUUGUCAAUGCUGGGAUGAGUGUGAAGUUUGAAGAUGGCACAGAUACAAUCAAGGAAUUUAAAAUGUUCUAUGGAAGUGUUGGCCCCACUGUGGUCUCUGCAGACCAGACUUGCAAGCAGCUCAUUGGGAGGCAUUGGGAUGACCAGAUGCUGAGCGACGCGUGCCAGUUGGUGCUCAGUGAGAUUUACAUUCCGCCGGGCGCUGAGGGGGGCAUGGUCGAAUACAGGCGAACCCUCAUCAUCAGCUUACUCUUCAAAUUCUACCUCAAAGUGAGGCGAGGGCUGAAUAGGAUGGAUCCCCAGAAGUUUCCUGAUAUCCCAGAAAAGUUCAUGAGUGCUCUAGACAAUUUCCCCAUAGGAACACCCCAAGGAAUUCAGAUGUUCCAGUGUGUGGAUCCCUACCAACCUCCUCAAGAUCCAGUUGGUCACCCACUCAUGCACCAGUCAGCCAUUAAACAUGCCACCGGGGAAGCUGUGUAUGUUGAUGACAUACCUCCUAUCAACGAAGAACUCUUUCUGGCUGUAGUUACCAGCACCAGAGCUCAUGCAAAGAUCAUAUUGAUUGAUGUUUCAGAAGCCCUGGCAUUUCCAGGUGUUGUAGAUGUGAUAACAGCAGACGAUGUUCCGGGAGAUAAUAACUGUCUUGGAGAGAUUUUCUAUGCGCAGAAUGAGGUUAUUUGUGUGGGUCAGAUUGUCUGUACUGUGGCUGCUGAUACCUACGCUCAUGCGAGAGAUGCUGCUAAGAAAGUGAAGAUCGCUUAUGAAGACAUAGAACCCAGGAUUAUCACAAUAGAGCAAGCCCUAGAGCACAAUUCAUUUCUUAGUGGUGAGAAAAAAAUUGAGCAAGGAAAUGUAGAGCAAGCCUUUAAGCAUGUUGAUCAAAUCAUUGAAGGUGAGGUUCACGUGGAAGGACAGGAACAUUUUUACUUAGAAACACAAAGUUUCCUGGCUAUCCCAAAACAAGAAGACAAAGAAAUGGUGUUACACAUUGCGACACAGAAUCCAUCUGCCGUGCAGGAAUUUGUGGCUGCAGCAUUAAACGUCCCAAGGAAUAGAAUCACCUGCCAUAUGAAAAGAGCUGGAGGAGCAUUUGGGGGGAAAACGACCAAGUCCGCUGUGCUAGGAGCUGUCAGUGCUGUGGCUGCCAACAAGACUGGUCGCCCAAUCCGGUUUAUUCUGGAACGUGGUGAUGACAUGCUGAUAACUGCUGGCCGCCACCCACUCCUGGGAAAAUACAAAAUUGGAUUCAUGAACAAUGGUGUGAUCAAAGCUGCUGAUGUUGAAUAUUAUGUCAAUGGCGGAUGCACUCUUGAUGAGUCUGAAAUGGUGAUAGAGUUCAUUGUGCUGAAAUCUGAAAAUGCAUAUUUCAUUCCUAACUUCCGGUGCCGCGGUAGGGCUUGCAAAACAAAUCUACCAUCCAACACUGCUUUUCGAGGAUUUGGCUUUCCCCAGGGUACACUGGUCGCUGAAUCUUACAUAACUGCUGUGGCAUCUCAAUGUGACUUACUCCCUGAAGAGGUUAAAGAAAUAAACAUGUAUAAGAGAAUCAGCAAAACAGCCUUUAACCAGAUAUUUAAUCCAGAGCCUUUGCGAAGAUGUUGGAAAGAGUGUCUGGAAAAAUCUUCAUUCUAUGCUAGGAAAAGGGAUGCUGAGGAAUUUAACAAAAAUAAUUACUGGAAGAAGAAGGGGCUUGCUGUGGUCCCCAUGAAAUUUACCGUUGGGAACACUGAGGCCUACCAAAAUCAUGCUGGCGCUCUAGUCCACAUCUAUACCGAUGGCUCUGUGUUGGUGCUGCAUGGUGGCUGUGAACUUGGACAAGGCAUCUACACCAAAAUGGCCCAGGUGGCUAGUCGAGAACUGAACAUCCCCAUCUCAUAUAUACACCUGCUUGAAACAAGCACAGUCACAGUGCCCAAUACAUUUUUCACAGCAACGUCCAUAGGAGCAGACGUCAACGGGAAAGCAGUACAGAAUGCUUGCCAAAUUCUUAUGGCCCGUCUUCAGCCAGUCAUCAGGAAAAACCCAAAGGGAAGAUGGGAGGACUGGAUUGCAAAAGCCUAUGAAGAAUGCAUCAACCUGUCAGCCACGGGAUAUUUCAAAGGCUACCAGACAUAUAUGGACUGGAAGGCAGAGGAAGGUGAGCCUUUUGCAUAUUAUGUUUACGGCGCAUCGUGUUCUGAGGUUGAAGUCGACUGUCUGACUGGGGCUCACAAGCUCCUUAGGACUGACAUCUUCAUGGAUGCCGCUUUCAGCAUAAACCCAGCCCUGGACAUUGGGCAGAUUGAAGGAGCAUUUAUCCAAGGCAUGGGAUUGUAUACCAUAGAAGAACUGAAAUACUCUCCAGAAGGUGUGCUUUAUUCUCGGGGUCCAGAUGACUACAUAAUCCCCACUGUCACUGAAAUACCGGAAGAGUUCUAUGUCACUUUGGUGCGUUCCCGAAAUCCCAUAGCCAUCUACUCAUCCAAGGGAUUGGGUGAGGCUGGAAUGUUCUUGGGAUGCUCCGUGUUUUUCGCCAUCUCUGAUGCAGUGGCUGCUGCCCGAAGACAGAGGGGGUUGACCAAGAGGCUCACCCUAAACAGCCCAGCAACUCCAGAAGUGAUUAGAAUGGCUUGUACGGAUCAGUUUACUGACAUGAUUCCCAGAGAUGAUCCUUCCACAUUUACACCUUGGUCCAUCCAUGUGUCUUAA